UUUCCACGUGGCCCUAACCAGAGAGCCACACCACAGUAUAAUCCACAAAAUGGCGUUUAUACUCUUCUUCAUCUUCUUCACUCGUUACUGACCCUCAUUUCAUUUCUCUUUCAAUCCUCCAUCCUUAUCUUCACCCAUUCAUUUGCAUACUUCCAGUUAAACAUUCAGAUAGAACAAUUCAUCUUCUCAUCGACGUUCAUUUCGCAUCAACCGGACGUUUGGAGAUGAGAAAUUGAAAUUCGGAAGCCUCAUAUUAGGGUUUCAUAAGCUGAAAUUGAUAGAUUUUGAAUGAUAGAUUGCUAAUGGUGAAGCUAGGGUUCUAUUAGGAAUUUGAGGUUGGAGAUGAGAAAUGGAAAUGCGGAAGUCUCAGAUUAGGGUUUCAUAGUCCGAGUUGAAGAUUUGGCUGGAACAUUCAUCUUCAUAUUAACCUAAGUGCUUGGAAAUCUCUCGAAUAUAAAUUUCGUUAGCUUUUGAAUGAUCGACUACAGUUUGGUGAAUCUCGGGUUUUAUUCGAAAAUCUAGGUUAGUUUUGUUGUUUGUUACUUUGUUUGAUUCAAUUUGGUUCAACUGUUUCGAGAAAUCUAUAAACUUUGAAGUUUGGAGACGAGAAAUGGAAAUUAGGAAGUGUCAGUUUAGGGUUUCGGAAGAAUCACAAGGUGAAAUGGAUAGUCCUAAUUCAGUGCGUAGUUCGAACGAGGAUCAACCUCGGUUGAAGUUUUUGUGUAGUUUUAACGGCAGCAUAUUACCUCGUCCACAAGACGGGAAGCUAAGGUAUGUAGGUGGGGAGACACGUAUUGUGAGCGUUCCAAGGGAUAUUGGAUACGAUGAACUGAUGGAGAAGAUGAAGAAGCUGUUUGACGGGGCAGCUGUUUUGAAAUAUCAGCAGCCUGAUGAGGAUCUCGAUGCUCUUGUUUCCGUUGUGAAUGAUGAUGAUGUUGUUAAUAUGGUGGAGGAGUACGAAAAGUUGGGUUCGGGAGACGGGUUUACUCGGCUUCGAUUGUUCUUGUUCUCUAGCGCUGAACAAGACGAUUCGAUACAUUUUGUCGACAGGGAUGAAGUGGAUAACGAGAGGAGAUAUGUCGAUGCGUUGAACAGUCAUAACGAUGAUCUAAUAGAUGAUGUUCAUUCGAUUGAUCAGUAUUACAAUCAGUUGAAUCUCGAUGGUAAUCUUCAUAAUCAGAGGAAUUUUGAGUUGCCACAUGUGAGAAUUCCUCUACAACCGUCUUUAAGUCAAAGGUAUAGUGAAAUGGAGUCCCCGUGGAGUCCUGCGUAUUGCUCUCCGAGAAAUUACGGCAAUGAUUUUCCGAAUUCGCCUUCUUCGCGGUAUAAUACGCCUUAUGGGGAUCAACAUGUUGUUAAUCAACAAUAUGAUCAGCAGUUACCGUUUCCGGAAAGUGGUGUUGGUUUUCCUGGUAACAUACUUCAUGGUCCUCAUCAGGUUCAUAAUACGAAUAUAAAUUAUGGGCACACUGCAUAUCCAGAUGGUAAUCACGUGACAUCACAUUAUGUUCAUCAUGUGUUUGGUAACGAGGUGUUCCAUGAUCAAGCAAUGGCUACUGGUUUUCAUAAUGGUUACGGGCCCGCAAAUGGUUUGUGGAGAAAUGGUCAAAGUCAAAGUCCAAUGCAAGAGAAUGGUGCAUAUAAUUUAGGGUAUGUUAGGACUCCAAGGGAUUCUAGUCCUAGGGGUCCAACUGAACCGGUACAAUUCAUGGCUGCACCUGUGCAUUUUAUGCCUGAACCAGUCCAACUUACUCAUGACCUGGUUCAGUUUACCCCUGAACCCGUUCAACUUACGUCGCCCCCGGUUCAGUUUACUCAUGAACCUAUUCAAUCAACUUCAGUACCGGUUCAGUUUACUCCGGGCUUGCCGAACUGCUUAAUUCCGAUAGAUCCUAUGAACCCGUUGUAUACAGUAGGAAAUAAUACCAGUGGUAUAAAAGAUGGUUUCGGUAGUGUAAAGUUGAAUGCACCUACGGUGCAAAUCAUUGGAGCUGAGUCAGCGGACAACUCUGGUCAAGAAAAUGUUCAUGUUUCAAAAAAUGAAGAAAAUAUAAAUGAAUCUGUAAGGAAACAAGAGUUAGAAGGUGCUGAUGAUGUGAAAGAUGAAGCUCGAGAAAAAGCUGCUUCUGCUGCUGUGAAUGAUGUUGAAGUCAAAGUCAAAGAAGAAACUGUGCACGAACUAGACACAGUGGUGAGUAAAGGGUACUUGUUAGAGAUGGAUGCACCUGCAGAUUUAGAGUUAGAUUCUGACAGUGAUACCCAAAUUAAAACAAAGAUUGAACCGACAAAGGCUGAGGAGGAAGCUUUUGCUAGGGGUUUACAGACCAUUAGAAAUGACGAUCUAGAGGAAGUACGGGAGUUAGGAUCUGGUACAUAUGGAGCUGUUUAUCACGGGAAAUGGAAGGGUUCAGAUGUCGCGAUCAAAAGAAUUAAAGCCAGUUGUUUUGCUGGGAAACCAUCUGAGAGAGAGCGUUUGAUUGCAGAUUUCUGGAAGGAGGCUCUAAUUUUAAGCUCAUUGCACCACCCAAAUGUUGUUUCUUUUUACGGUAUAGUCCGCGAUGGGCCUGAUGGCUCUUUGGCAACUGUAACAGAGUUCAUGGUUAAUGGAUCUCUCAAGCAAUUUUUACAGAAAAAAGACAGAACUAUUGAUCGGCGUAAGAGACUUAUCAUAGCUAUGGACGCGUCUUUUGGAAUGGAAUAUUUGCAUGGAAAGAAUAUAGUUCAUUUUGAUUUAAAAUGUGAAAACCUACUUGUGAACAUGAGGGACCCACAAAGACCUAUUUGCAAGAUAGGAGAUCUAGGGCUAUCUAAAGUGAAACAACGCACUUUAGUGUCGGGUGGCGUUAGAGGAACGUUGCCAUGGAUGGCACCUGAACUGCUUAGCGGAAAAAGCCACAUGGUAUCCGAAAAGAUUGAUGUUUACUCGUUCGGGAUUGUCAUGUGGGAAUUGCUGACCGGAGACGAACCUUAUGGAGAUAUGCAUUGUGCUUCCAUUAUCGGAGGAAUUGUGAACAACUCGUUACGUCCAACAAUCCCAACCUGGUGCGAUCCUGAAUGGAAGGCGUUGAUGGAAAGCUGUUGGUCCGCUGACCCGUCCGAAAGACCGUCUUUUUCUGAAAUUUCUCAGAAAUUGAGAAAUAUGGCGGCAGCGAUCAAUGUGAAAUGACACUUUUGGCCUCAGCCCGUGAUGAGCGAUCAACGGGAAAUGACUUUUUUCGUCACCGUGAGGGCUACCUGCGGCAACUCAAGCAACCGUGGUUAAGACUUGAGAGUGGCUGCUGCAGCCCUUUGGGAUUAAAGUUAACGAAUGCACUAGUAUAUAUAUAACUCUGCAAAUCAAAAGUAUUAUUGUCCUUUGUUUUAGUAGGCAAUAAUAUGUUAAUUUACAUCUUGGUGAAGAAUAUUUUCCUUUUAAUUUCAUAACGUUUUUACAAGGAUUUGAAUGUGAUUCCUCUAAAUUUUUUGGAGUUUCAACCUUUUCUUUGUUGGUUAA